AUGCCAUUGGCGCAAGCUAUUAAAACCGACAUGCCGUACCAAGUGCGCUCCCUUUACCGCUCAUUAUUGAGGCAAGGAAAUCAGUUCGCCGCCUAUAAUUUCCGCGAGUAUGCGAAACGGAGAACCCGCGAUGGCUUCCGACAGCACCAGAACGAAAGCGAGGAGAGAAGGAUACAAGAGCUCGUUCAAGAAGGUCUGAAGACGUUGCAGAUGUUGAAGAGACAAACCGUAGUCAGCCAAUUCUACCAGCUGGACCGGCUGGUGGUCGAGGGUGGCAAGUCAGGGAAACAAAAGGGCGACGAGGGCGGGAUUGUGAGACAGAAGGAUCAAGGGUGGGAUUGA